UCCAAAAUGGAGCCUCUUACAGCUUACCCUUUAAGAUGUUCAGGGUCGAAAGCAAAGGUAUUUGCAGUUUUACUGUCUAUGGUUCUAUGCACCGUAAUGCUAUUUCUUCUACAACUAAAAUUCCUAAAACCUAAAAUCAACAGCUUUUAUACCUUUGAAGUGAAAGAUGCAAAAGGAAGAACGGUUUCUCUGGAAAAGUUUAAAGGCAAAGUUACACUAGUUGUAAACGUGGCCAGUGACUGCCAACUCACAGACAGAAAUUACUUAGCACUGCAGGAACUGCACAAGGAGUUUGGACCAUUCCACUUCAGCGUCCUGGCCUUCCCAUGCAAUCAGUUCGGGGAAUCGGAGCCCCGCCCAAGCAAAGUGGUGUCUUUUGCAAGAAAUAACUACGGAGCGACAUUCCCCAUCUUCCACAAGAUUAAGAUCCUAGGAUCUGAAGCGGACCCUGCAUUUAGAUUUCUUGUUGAUUCUUCAAAGAAGGAACCAAGGUGGAAUUUUUGGAAGUAUCUGGUCAACCCUGAGGGACAAGUUGUGAAGUCUUGGAGGCCAGAGGAACCUAUUGAAGUCAUCAGGCCUGAGAUAGCAGCUCUGGUUAGACAAAUGAUCCUAAGAAAGAAAGACGACCUUUGAACAUGGCAGUGAGUCAUUCAAAUGCAAUAAUUGGAAUAUAGACAUGUUUGUAGGGGGCUAUGGUCUCAUCUCAAAGAUUCUGACAAUUAAAUGUGGCACUGAAGGAUGGGCUGUUUUGUUUGCUUUUAGGAUACCGUGCCAAUGAGUGGUAAUGAAUGUCCCCAGGACAGAGAUGUUACCUAAAGCAAAAAUAAAGAGUAGCUAAAGAAUCAACAUGAAAUAUAUUAAAUAUUUCAUUUGAACAUACUAAAUAAUUCAGAAUAUAGAGUCACCAAUGUGCUUCAAUUUCCUGUUGUCCACCUUGACAUUUUCUAGGAUUAUACUUGAUGGAAAUGCCAACACACUAGACCACUGUUUGAAUCCAAGCCACUGUAUGUGACUGAAAUUUCAGGAGUAACUAACUGUAAAUGGCUAUUUUUAUGUAAUAAAAUACAAAAUAAACAUUGAAAAAUGU